AUGGCCGUGAACUUUGGGGAUCACAAUAGCGGAUUCCGCCACAAUGACGUGAUUAGGUUCAUUAAUAAUGAAGUACUCAUGAAUGGUGGCAGCCAAGACUUUUACGUGGCUUUCAGCUCACUGUCCUGGAGUGAGGUAGAGGAGCGGCUCCGGGCUGUUGUGGCUGAUUCACAGGUGCCGCGCGCCAUUAAGAGGGCCUGUGCCUGGAGCGCGCUGGCUUUGAGUGUGAGAGUGGCUGCGAGGCAGCGUGAGCAGCAUGCAUACAGGGUCAGACGGCUCCAGGAGCGGAUGGAGGCGCAUGAGGCAGCGUCUUGGGCUAUGGCGGCUGAGCUACGGCGGCUGCGCGAGGAGUCCCAUGAGGCAGCUUCACAGUUGCACUUGACGCACGCUGCCCUGCAGCAGGCGCUAUUUGAGUGUGAUAUGCUGCGAACAAGGCUGUUUCAGAUUGAGAGGUCUGCUCAGGUCGCCCCACUGGGCCAUGAACUAGUGCCUAUGCUGCGAGUUGAGCAGCGUGGGGCUGUAGCAUGGCCUGUGAAUGCAGAUCAGUCGAGAGAGGUGGUGGCCAGGGGGGCACAUGCCAGCUUUUAUUUUGAGGCCCAGAUGCCAGCCACUGCAUCUGUUAUUUAUGUGCCAGGACCCCCAAAUCCUUGGGCCCAGGCUGUACAAGCCCCUCUGCCAAUGUCAGUGCCGGUGCCAUGCUCAUUCCCAUUCCAAACACCAGUCCCCACAGGAUCCCCAUUCUUGCCACCUCAACCACCUGUAGUCAUGGAAGCAGAAGCAACAGUAGUCCCAGUUCAGAUGCCUCCUGUGGGUAUCCCCCAACCUGGCCCUUGGGCUGCAGUGGGCUUCCAGGAGGAAGUGUCCUCUCCAUGGUACCAAAGGAGCUAUAUCCAGGAGGAAGGUACUCAGAUCAUCCAGGGGUCAGCCAGUCUGGGAGACAGUAGAUGCCACAGGCAGAAGCAAGGUCCAGCAGGGCCUGAGGAGAAGAGUUCCCUCCUGAUCAGUAGUGGGAAUAAUAGCAAAGAAGAAGAUUCAGUGGGACCCCAGGGAACUACCCUCCUGGGCAACAAUGGGACCCAUAGCCAGGAAGUAGAACUAGAGAGUCCCCAGGAAACAUCCUUACUUGGGGAUACUGAGCAGGACAACCAAGAAGAUACAGAGAUGUCCUGUGUGAUAACCCCACUGGGGGAGGGCAGAAGCUGCAGCCAGGAGGAAGAUCCUCAGGGACUCCAGGGGAUGGAUCCCAUUGUAGACAAAGGGAGCCCAAACCAGGAAGAUCUUGAGAGUCCCCUGGAGAGUGUUUCCCUGGAGGAUAGAAGCUCUAACCAGGAAGGAGUUUCAGAGAAUCCUCAGGGGACUAUCCUCCUAGGAGCCAGUAGAAGUUACAGGCAGGAAGACUAUCCAGAGAGUGGCGAGGAAGACAAUCCAGAGAGUGGCGAGGAAGACAAUCCAGAGAGUGGGGAGGAAGAUAAUCCAGAGAGUGGGGAGGAAGACAAUCCAGAGAGUGGGGAGGAAGACAAUCCAGAGAGUGGCCAGGAAGACCAUCCAGAGAACGAUUCAGAGAGUGGCCAGGAAGACGAUUCAGAGAGUAGCCAAGCAGAUGAAACCGAGAGUGGUCAGGAAGAGAAUCCAGGUAAUGCCCAGGAAAUGGCCCCCCUUGAGCUUAACAGGAGCCACAACCUAGAAGAAAGAUCAAAGAGACCCCAGGAGUCUCCCCUUGAGGAUAGCUGGCGCCAUGGUGUAGGAGCAAGUCCAAAGAAGCAGAUGCCUCAAGGGCAGAAGGCCGAACAAGCAAAAGGAACAAGAGGCUCAGAAUCCCAGCAACAGGAGGAGCCUGUCCCAGCCUACAGUCCAAUGAAUUGGGGCUGUCCCCGGUGUAAAGCUGUGAAUUUUUCAUGGCGCAAAAUCUGCUAUAAAUGCAAGAAAGUCUGUGCGCCGUUUGAGAGUGGAGGCAGUGACCCAGGACACACUCACUCAUUUUAG